AUGAACAACAGCAGCCAGUAUCUACUCUCCGACUCUGCUGACUACAACUCAGUGGACUACGAAGUGUCUCCAGAGGAAAUCCCAGAUGCGACCCGUGGCCCCGCCUUCCUAGUGGCUAGCGUUGUAAUCGCGAUGUCUCUCGUUACUAUCAUGGCUGUGUGCGGGGCGGGAAACUGCGCCUUCAUCAUCAGUUUGCUUCGUGACGGGAGGCGUCGCGGCCUGACCGACCUCCUGAUGGCUAACCUGGCGGUGUCUGACACUCUGGUAGCAGCCAUUUGUUGCCCUCUGCUGCUCGACUACUACGUGAUCAGUCGGCUGUCGUGGCGUCACGGAUUGGUAGCCUGCGCCGUCGUCAACUACCUGAGGACACUGUCCUUACAUGUGUCCACCAACGCGCUACUCGCCAUCGCCGUAGACAGGUACGCUGCGAUCGUGCACCCGCUGGGUCCUGGCUUGCCGUCCCAUAUGUGGUACAUUGUGCUUAUCGCUGUGUGGGGGGUCCCAGCCGUGAUCUCCAUCCCGUCGGCCACUAUGUCUUCAGAGACCGAGUACCCCCAUGGGCAGAGUGGCCCUCCCAAGACCUUCUGCGCUCAGAUCUGGCCCGUAGACCAGCGUGUCCUCUACCGAUCCUACUUCCUACUUGUCUUGGCUCUGGAGUUCUUGGUCCCGGUGUUGGUGAUGGCGGUAUGCUACGCCCGCAUAUCCAAGGAACUUUGGUUCAAGAAGGUUCCCGGUUUCCAGACUUUGCAGAUCCGCAAGCGUCUCCGAAAGCGUAGAAGGACGGUACUGGUUCUGAUGCUGGUCCUGCUGGCCUACAUUCUUUGCUGGACCCCUUAUUACGGAUUCUCCCUGCUCAGGGAUUUCUACCCAACAGUCAUCUCCAGGGACAGGAACGCUCUGGUGGUGUUUUACAUCAUGGAGUGUGUGGCCAUGAGCAACGGUGUUAUCAACACACUUUGCUUUGUCAGCGUCAGACACAAAGCAAGAAAGAACGCGAAGUCCAAACAGUGCAUACCAGCCCCGUUGGUCUUAUUUGUUUCCAACAAGUCCAUAUGCGAUGAGGCCCGAACUUCCUCACUUAGGGUUACUGAAGAAUUGGAAGGAGGGUCCCAUAGAUCCUAAUGGUCUUAAAGGCGCUAAUGCAGGCUCCAGGUAAAGUGCCUAAUAUUACUGGUUUUGAUAUCCUGAAGGCCUUGGGAGUCAUCCAGGAGGAUCAAGACUAUCCUAACCAGAUUCUAGAGUUACUUUAUCGGACUCCACACAGAGACCAUUCUUGAUCAAAGAGUUUCAUGUUGCUCUUUUGCGUCACUUGUGUCCGUGACCUUGUUCUUUCGAUCACAACCAUGAUUGAGAGAGAAAAUUUAAACUUUGGGCUCAGCUCCUUCGCCGUGACAGACUAAAGUUAACAUCACUACAAAGACUACACCAAUCGAUCUACCGCUCCAUUCUACCUCACUUGAUAACUAGACCAUAAGCAUAUACUUCACUAUCAGUUGACGAGACAGUUCCUACAGACAUUGCACCACGGCUUCCCAUACGGUGCCGGGCCAGGCAGAGCGUCGUGAAAGCUUUCACUGCGAUUAACUCAAACACAGGCUACAUUCAAACGCCGGAUUUAUGUGGAAAUGGGACGAAAGUUUUAGUACAUACAAGCAGACAGGAGUGUUUCAAGAGUGAUUUGGUCAAGGAUUCAAGGUAAUUAUUAUACAAAAUAGCACCCUGCAUGCACUUUGAAACGUUGUGAAAAAUUUCAAUUGAAAUGAAUGGAGAAAAUUAGCCUAUGCCUAUUAGCCUACGAUCACUGCCCGUUUUUUUGCUUCUAACACAGAAUCUGGAUUGUUUUCUGUUCAUAUCUACAGAAAUUCUGAGAUUUACACAUUAAUUUACAAGAAUUUUCAACUUAAAAAGCUCUGUUUUGUGAUGGCCGCUAUGUUGGAUUUUGUAUCCAUACACAAAAGCGUAGCUUUACAUUCAAAUAAGGUAAGAUAAGGCAAUAGUAACAUUGGAAUUCAACCUAAAUAAGUUGUGAUUGUAUAUAGAAAAAUGCAAAUUUAGCUUUUUUUGCUCUGCAUGCUUACCUCAAGUAUUAAUUUUCUGAUAUGAAAAGUGAGUGAUUUAUUAGCUGUUGAAAACUUGUCAAAAUUGCACUAAAUUAAAAAAAAUUAAGUCAGCAUUUCGGGUAAAAGCUUAUAUGUUAAAUAUUGCUAUUGAUCCUGAAAAUAUAGGCGAUUAUGUCUGCAUUUUGUGAUUUUUGUGCUUCUUGCGUAAAAUCUGAGAAUUUUAUAGCCAUUUGAGUUUUGUUAUAUUUUGUUAUAAUUAUAUAAAAAAUAAUUGGGAUUCUAUUAGGGAAUGACUUUGAAUUUUUUUAUGCCGCUACUCAUGGAGACUCAUAUAUGCCCAAGGGAGGGGCCUGUUUCGGUUUUACGGCGCUAGCGGCAUUGGUUUUGAAAAUAUUUGAAUUUUAAGUUUUGGAAAAUAGUGCCCCUACAGAAUAGCGCCGUGCUCCGUUUCCCGUCAACUGAUUGUGAAGUCUAUGCCCUAAGAUACUUGUUAACCCAUAAUAAAGUCAUAAAAGAACCAAACUUCAUGAAUGUUUUUUGUGACAAAGAAGUAUCUGUUCCAAUCACUCUAUUGGAGAAAAAUCAGAGUUGUAGAAAUAACUGGAAACUAAAGAGAGCCAUUACUUUAUGUUCCUCACAAGUGUAUGUAAACUUUUGACCACAACUGUAAUAGCUUUAAAGCUGGUUGUUGAUCAACGUAGCAUAUUUAAACCCAUCUUAAUUGAUAUUACUACGUUUAAAUAUUUCCUUAAGGAAUCUUUAGUAUUUUCUGUCUGUAUGCAUCCAAACACAACAAGCGGAAAGCGCACGGUAGUACUUUGGGUGUCAAAUUCGCCUCUUGUGGAACGUUUCGCCGGUGUAGCACAUUUUGGCAGAAGACCGGUUGUGUCAUACUCUUAUCUCGUCUCAUCCCGUCUCUCCAUUCAUUCAUUUUGCUUUUGCUGCUCGUUUUGUGAAAUAUCGACAGUGCUGUCAUGCUCAUUAAUUUUCCUCUCGGGUUCAAAUUGAAAGGGUUGAAUAGAUGACAUUUUUAUGUCGCUAGAGUCAUACUCUGGAAGCUUGGCAGGGUAACCAUGUGACGUCACUGCCCUGCACGGCAACAACAAUGGCGACCUACAAGUGAAACUAAUUUUACAAAUUGUAUAAAAACGAAAACAUCAAGAGGGGUUUCAAUAUCAAAUUAUUGAAAUUCAUAAUAACGUUUAUUUUUUAAGAACUAUAAGCCUUUCUAUCCGUGGAUCCCUUUAAAAGGAUCAUCAUGAAGCCAUGA